AUGACUGAGGUGGAACCCGUGCUGGACUUCGCAUCCUCCGGGAGAACGGGCCGGCGCAAUGCCCUGCCCGACAUCCUGGGCUCACCGGCCGGCGUCAGCCCCCCCGACCCGCACAAGCUGGCCGAGAUGUCCCUAAACGCAGGAAGCGCGCAGGAGAUGCAGUCGCCCUCGGCGGAGGUGCCCCCUCCGCAGCCCCCCAGCCCCGAUCUGAAGGACACAUCCUAA